GGGCUGAGGCGAGGAGGUGGGCGGACGGACAGGGCCACAUGCCAGUCCACAGCCGCGGCCCAGCGAAGAAUACUCCAGCGACGGUAGUGAUGGCGGGGACGUGGGUGAUCGUUUUGGUGCUGGGUCUCUUGUGCGGUUCCCCUCUUGGAUGCUUUGGGGACGAUGCUGUGACCGAAGGAAGUGGUUUCGAAUCCACAACAGAGUACCCCACUGAAGAGACCACGACACCCUCUCUGGAGACCACGACAUCCUCUCUGGAGAAUGAAACUACACCUUCCAAUGAGAAUGUGUCAACUACAACCUUAGGAGGUGACAUGCCCACUACACCCGCCAGUGAGAACAUCGCGACCACGCCUCCCCCUGAGGACGUGAAGGCCACUACUACAGACUCCCCACACGCCGCCACAGAACAAAAAGACUCUGCCCUCCUCGACGAACAAACUACAGGAUCAUUAACCGAGGAGCAAACAACCACGGAGUCCGCGACACUGGGCCAAUCCCCACAUUCCAGGAAAAGGCUGUAUGACUUCGCUACGCCGAUUCUCCGCGAAGUGUACAAACUUGAUGGCUUCCAGCGGCCUCCGACCUCAAGAAGUUCCCUGUGUGGCUCACGGGGCCGCAUCAUCGGGGGUCUGCUGGCCUCUGUGGGAGAGUGGCCGUGGGCUGUCGUGGUGAAGGACAAGAACGACGUGCACUACUGUGGCGGCGUGUUGAUCUCCCCGCGACACGUCCUCACCGCCGCGCACUGCAUUGGACACCCUGACCUGGCCAACCGCUAUCCCCUGAAGGUGACUGUUGGGGACCACGACCUCUCCACGACAACGGAGGCCAUUUCCACGACGCGCUGGGUGCAACAGGCGAUGCAGCACAACCAAUACGACCACGAAACUACCUACAACAACGACGUAGGGGUGAUGGUGGUGAUGGACCCCAUCGACACCCAGGGACAGGUGGCGCCCGUCUGCCUCCCUUCUGCGCAGUUCCAGCUUUCGGUGGGAACGAAGCUGUGGGUGAUCGGAUGGGGCGCCACCAUGGAGGGCGGCCCUGUGGUGAACGUGCUGCGAGACGUGCAGGUGACCGUGCUGGCCCACUCGGAGUGCCAGACCGCCUACCCGAACCAGUACCGCAGCGACAGAAUGUACUGCGUCGGGGACCAGGCAGGGGGCAAAGACGCUUGUCAGGGCGACUCCGGCGGGCCGCUGCUGUACAAGGACGCCAGCGACAAGUGGUUCGUGGUGGGCGUGGUUAGCUUCGGCACGGGCUGCGGGCGGGCGCAGUACCCCGGCGUGUACACGAGUGUGCCCUUCCACCUCGGCCUUAUCAACUGGGCCAUCAACAACGCGUGAUUGAGUACAUACGGUUCAGCCUCGAUUAGCUCACUGAACACUAAUUGGUUUACUCUUACUAUUGUAGAGAUGGGAAUUAAUAAAUACAUUUUAGAUUGUUUAAACAC